CUUAACCCGUUUUUAUGAAUAUAUAUAUUUACGGUGUGAAAUAAGAUUGCCUUCAUUUCCAUCUCCAGCCAGGUCCAACUACAUCAGUGACUUCAAAUUUGAUUAGUUAAAUAAUUAAGUGCAACAUAAUAUACACCAGUUCAUUACAAUUUUCACGUGAUUUCAUCAACAGUUAUAUCUUUCCUUACAGGGUUAUCAAACUUUUACCGGUUCAUCUUGCGAACAGUCUGUCAUUCUGUUUGGUUCAGUUUGUUAUCAAUUUGAACAAUCCACAGUUGCUCUGUCAAUACCAUGGCCUUACAUGUUAAUGUCGAACCAUCACCUAAUUGGUAUUCGGAAAAGAAGCUGAUUCUAGAACCCUAUGAGUACAUUACUCAAAGAACUGGUAAACAGAUCCGGACCAAGCUGAUGAAGGCUUUUAAUUUUUGGCUCAAUGUACCUGAAGAUACAUGUGCUAAGAUUGAAUCAAUUGUUGAAAUGUUACACAAUUCAAGUCUAUUGGUGGAUGAUAUUGAGGAUAACUCUACUUUAAGACGAGGGAUUCCAGUUGCUCACAAUGUUUUUGGACUUGCUACCACAAUCAACUGUGCCAAUUAUAUUUAUUUUCUAGCACUUCACAAGAUUAUCACUGAAUUACCAGAAGAUAAAGUAACAGAAGCUGUUAAAAUAUACACUCAACAAAUGUUAGAGUUACAUAGAGGACAAGGUCUGGAAAUCUACUGGAGAGACAGUUUUGUUUGUCCCACUGAAAAGGAAUACACUGAAAUGAUAAGCAUGAAAACAGGUGGACUUUUUGGGCUUGGUGUCAAUUUACUGCAGUUAUUCAGUAAAAACAAGCAAGAUUUAUCUCAAAUGGUAUUUCUUUUAGGAGUAAUUUUUCAAAUCCGUGAUGAUUACAACAAUUUGAAGUCAGAUGAAUAUAAAGAAAACAAAAGCUUUUGUGAAGAUCUAUCAGAAGGAAAAUUUUCAUUUCCAGUUGUCCAUGCAAUUAAAAGUUACCCAGAUAAAUCUACAAUAAUGAACAUCAUCAGGAAGCGUACAAAUGAUAUCGAGAUUAAAAAAUUAGCCGUUAGUGUACUAGAGGAACUUGGAUCAUUUAAAUAUACCAAAGAGGUUCUUACAAAAUACCAUGAGCAAGCUAAGGAGGAAUGUACUAAACUCGGUGGCAAUGAAUACAUCUCCAAAUUACUGGAAUCACUGAGAAUUGAUAAAGACGUUAAAGAAGCUGCAUCUUCGUCAAAGUCAUAAAGUUAGACUUGAAUUCUGUAUUUUUAAACUAUCAAGUGAUGAAGAAAACUAGGAAAUACUGAUCAUUCCAUUUUUCAAUUCAAAAGAAUAAACUUGAGAAGAUUGUCAAUUCA